AUGAAUGCCCUCGUACGAGUCCGACUCUUGGCAUGUGGGCCUCUUCAUCUCAUGCAAUGUCCUCUGUCUACGGCACCCCAAACCACUUCAUGGGUCACGACGCGAGCACCUCGCACCGAUCUCGUUUCUCCCGCAGCCCAAUUAGCUAACCCGGCGGCCUGUAUUGGUCGCUUCUAUUCCGUCCCCGAGGACAUAGCUUCGCGUGUUGUUGCUCCCUUUCUCAAAGAGGAGCUCCUAAGGGAAUUUCGGCUAUUCGAGGAUUUCUCCCUUCUGGUUCGCAAACCUGCCCUUGAUGUUAUGUCAGCACUGGAAACAGUUCGACAGGAUGUUGGUUCGGUGCCUCGUUUUGUGUUCUAUGGGCAACCGGGCUGUGGGACCUCUGUUCAGUUGGCGCAUAUCGCUCACUACGCCGCAGAAAAGAAUGCCUUUCUCUUUGCCUUUUGCAACGCAGAAAACUGGCUUGAUCGGUGUUCCGAUUUCACCGCUAGUGACGCUUAUCAUCAGAACCAGCAUAAGCUCGAAAUCGAUGGAGAUGCUCUGGAUUUUCCAAGCAGGUCGGCUGAGUGGCUACGAAGUUUUCUAAAACUAAAUCUGCCCUUGCUGGAGAAGAUAAAGCCUGUGACAACGCGCGCCAUCGAAUGGACAGUUAAGGAUAUUGCACCUGCAGGAACGCCUUGGUUGGAACUUAUUAACUUUGGCCUCUCACGAACCAAAUACUCCACCGACUGCAUCGGCAUUUUACUCCGUGAGAUGCGGGCCAUCUCCUCAGAAGAGACAGGACCGAGUUCCUACCUAUUCGUUGACGGCGUCAACUUCUUGUGGUGCCGAGGCACCAGAAUGCAGGACAAGAUUCUGCUCAAGAAGGUUGCUGUAGACCGUCUGGCAAUCGUCCAUCACCUGCGCCGUGCCCUUAUUGGCGACUGGAAACACGGCGCCAUCAUCACCUCGGUCAAUGAACGCGGCGCGUGGCCUUCAGACCGCGAAAAAUACACACCGGGGCAACGUGGUUUCGAGACAAUGGACCCAUUUAUUCCUGUCAACGUCCCAAACUACUCACCCAAUGAGAUGGAUGCAGUUCUGCACUUCUACGCGGAACACGAUUGGUUCGCUAAUCCGGCGGCUCUUCGACCGGAAGGCCGCGCCGAAAUCGUCUUCCUCUCCGACGCGAAUCCCCGAGAACUGGCUAAAGUGGUUUCUGAGUGGUAG